UACGAUUCGUCCGUCACGUAUUACAGCCGCAGGUACGGCACGUUUUCUGGUGAUUUCUAAGAUUGCUUGUAGAAGGUCAGCAAAUGACGACUAAUAAUCCUGAGUCGCAGGCGGAAGUAUUGCAGGCGCUGGUAUUGUGGCACAUUUUCCUGGUGAUUUCUAAGAUUGCUUGUAGAAGGUCAGUACAUGACGACUAACAAUCCCAAGUCGCAGGCGGAAGUAAAAUAUUCCAGUCUCAGAAGGAAGCAAUAUUCGGUAGUCCGUAUUGCAGACACAGUUACUUGGACACAUUUCCCCGUUGAUUUGUAUCUUAAAUCUGCCUGUAGAAGGUUUAGACGAGUAAAUGAGUGAAGAGAAAGUACGUAUCGAGAAAAUGGCGCACGAGCCCCGGAGCGACCGACUCUCCCCGGCGGUGGGAUUUGCCGUGUGCAGCCUGGCAGUGACCGUGGCCGUCCUGCUCGUCACCUUCCUACACAGCGAUGUUGUCUCUCUGCGCUCUGAAGUCGUCUCCCUGCGAGAGCGCCUUGCUGUGGUGGAGACGAAGAUACAAGACGGGGUCUGGUCGGGACAAAGCUCGGUACUCAACACAGAGAUGACCGACCCGUUGAAGACGCCAGGCAGCGGUUCAGCAUGGUUCGGGAAGGACAAAGACUCACCCAGGAUGAGGGCAAAGAGGCAGACUGUCGACUGUGCAGGUGUAACGGGUCCGCCUGGCCCUAAAGGAGACCCGGGGGAGCCGGGACCGCAAGGGAUGCCGGGACCACCAGGAGUUUGUGACUGCAUUGCGAGUGAUGUCCACGGAUGUAAAGGCCUUGACGUAGACCUGUUGGCCUACUACCCGUUCGACGACAGCUACGCUGACACUCAGGGCAACUUCGACUUGGCGCCGCAAGGAGGCGUUUCUCUACAGCCCGGUGGUAACGGUAACGGCUGCGCCCAGUUUGGCGGAGCGGGAAGACUGGUGGCGAACGGUUUCACCUCCCACGUGUGGGGCAGUUCGCUAACCGUUAGUGUGUGGUUCAAACGGACGGGUCAGUUCGGGAACUACCAGGGAAUCAUCAACACGGGAUACCACGCUUCUGGGAGCUGGGAGAUCCGCAUGGGUCGGGAAAACGGUGGAACGAUGAUUGGAUGCGGUGUCGUCACAAGUAACAGUCCUAAAACCUGGGACUACGUACACCUGUACGCCUCGACCAACACCUGGCACCAUGCCGUCAUGACGUACGACGGGACACUGACCAAGUUCUACCUGGACAACGUGGCGCAAACAGGAAACGACCAGUGCUGCUCCGGCCCCAUCAUAGACAAGGGAAACCCCCUAGUAAUCGGACAGGCCGGAACCGGGAAUAGUAAUGAAUAUUUUUUCGGGUUUAUCGACGAGGUUCGUCUGUACAGCCGAGCCCUGUGUGCGGAGGAGGUGGCGGCCCUGUACCAGGCAACCCGACCGGACGAAGAGAAAGUACGUAUCAGGAAAAUGGCGCACGAGCCCCGGAGCGACCGACUCUCCCCGGCGGUGGGGUUUGCCGUGUGCAGCCUGGCGGUGACCGUGGCCGUCCUGCUCGUCACCUUCCUACACAGCGAUGUUUCCUCCCUGCGCUCUGAAGUCUUUUCCCUGCGAGAGCGCCUUGCUGUGGUGGAGACGAAGAUACAAGACGGUGUCUGGUCGGGACAUAGUUCGAUACUCGACACAAAUCUAGAGAAUGCUGACUCACUGUUGGCGCCCGGGGGCCCGAAGGCGCCCGAAAGCGGUUCGACAGGUAACGAGAAGGGCGAAGACUCGACUCGAAUCAGGUCAAAGAGACAGGCCGGCAACGCAAACACAGUCAGGUUACCAUUGCCGGGGUGUAUGCAGGGUCCCCCUGGACCCCCCGGGGCGGCCGGUCGGGACGGGGUGCCGGGGAGGGACGGUCGGGACGGGGUACAGGGACCCCCGGGGACGGCUGGCUGCGGCUGUGACUGUGCAGGUGUACCGGGUCCGCCUGGCCCUAAAGGAGACACAGGGGAGCCGGGACCGCAAGGGAUGCCGGGACUACCGGGGGUUUGUGACAAGAACUGCACAGACGAGACUGAGAGUGGUGAUGUCAACUGCAGCAAAGGCCUUGACGCAGACCUGUUGGCGUACUACCCGUUCGACGACAGCUACUCUGACACUCAGGGUAACUUCGACUUGGCGCCGCAAGGAGGCGUUUCUCUACAUCCCGGUGGUAACGGGAACGGCUACGCCCAGUUUGGCGGAGCGGGAAGACUGGUGGCGAACGGUUUCAUCUCCCACGUGUGGGGCAGUUCGCUAACCGCUAGCGUGUGGUUCAAACGGACGGGUCAGUUCGGGAACUACCAGGGAAUCAUCAACACGGGAUACCACGCUUCUGGGAGCUGGGAGAUCCGCAUGGGUCGGGAAAACGGUGGAACGAUGAUUGGAUGCGGUGUCGUCACAAGUGACAGUAGUCAAACCUGGGACUACGUACACCUGCACGCCUCGACCAACACCUGGCACCACGCCGUCAUGACGUACGACGGGACGCUGACCAAGUUCUACCUGGACAACGUGGCGCAAACAGGAAACGACCAAUGCUGCUCGGGCCCCAUCAUAGACAAGGGAAAUCCACUGGUCAUCGGACAGGCCGGACCCGGGAUGAGUAAUGAAUAUUUCUUCGGGUUUAUCGACGAGGUUCGUCUGUACAGCCGGGCCCUGUGUGCGGAGGAGGUGGCGACCCUGUACCAGGCAACCCGGCCGGAGUGAGGAAGCAGCACUGCGUAGUUUCUGUCUAUGUACUUUGUUCUUUACAAAGUCAGGCUCAUUACCGAACGAUGUUUACAUAGAGACAUUUAACAAAGUUGGUUCUUUUAACUUGCGGCAGUUUGUAGUAAUAAGAUUAAUUAGAAUCCAGUGCUGGUAAACAACGUAAUAAUUCCAUACUCAUCUUGCUAUUCCUUUCUCGAAUGAAACACUUAGCUAACGUGUUAUACUUUAUCAGAGGAUUAAACAGAGAAUGUAUCUUUUGUAGAACUCUACUAUUACACGCCCUUAUCCUACAAUCUUUUUUUAGAUAUGAUAAUACAUAAUUUACCUUGUUGUAUAUCAGUUGGUUAAUAGAGUGCUUCGUAUGAAAUAAAAGUUAGUAGAGACGAAAAAGUGGA